AUGAAGCGGCCAGAGAAAGUUGACAGCUUCGGCGCUUUGCGUAGGGAAGCUGGUCGCCGCCUAGCUCUGCUUCAGAUUCUGCUGUCAAGUCCGGUUAGCUGGCAUGAGUACGCAGACCGCGUGUACAAGCGGGCUGAUGCGCGAAAGAAGGCUCGUGCAGGCAGCCUGUCUUUCGCGGCUGUACGCGUGCUGCCAGAGGCAUUCUGGAAAACAGGAAAGUUCAUCUUCUGUGCCUACCUGCCACACCACGAGUGCAGGCGACGAGAAAGGCUGAGUUGCAUCUAG